GUGUAGUCAAGUAACCGGCGUGCGAAGUAAUGCACACAGUUCUUGAAAAGUAGUUCGCUUUAGGCACACAUCAUUCACAUAUCUUCAGGAUUUCGAAUUCUAAUGACAUUAUAUAUUUCGGAUUAUAAAAAUAUAUCUAGUGUUGUGUUUACUUAACUGCUGUCAGUGAAUGAAAUUAAUUUUGUUUGUACUACUUUGAUUCUGCGCAAGAAUUUAAGAGUACCAAUUGUCGCGGAUACGGAAGUGAUUGUUGACUCACCGUACGUGAAACCAGGAUUAUAGUUGCUUUUGAGCUCCAUUUCAAUCUAAAAUGGCUGACCAAUUGACAGAAGAACAAAUAGCAGAAUUCAAAGAAGCCUUUAGUCUUUUUGAUAAAGAUGGUGACGGCACAAUUACCACUAAAGAAUUGGGCACAGUCAUGCGCUCUUUAGGUCAGAAUCCAACAGAAGCAGAAUUACAGGAUAUGAUUAAUGAAGUAGAUGCUGAUGGUAAUGGAACAAUAGAUUUCCCUGAGUUUUUAACCAUGAUGGCUAGAAAAAUGAAAGAUACAGAUAGUGAAGAAGAAAUUAGAGAAGCAUUCCGUGUCUUUGAUAAAGAUGGCAAUGGCUUUAUUAGUGCUGCUGAAUUAAGGCAUGUCAUGACAAAUUUGGGGGAAAAAUUAACAGAUGAGGAAGUAGAUGAAAUGAUCAGGGAGGCUGAUAUUGAUGGUGAUGGACAAGUAAAUUAUGAAGAAUUCGUAACAAUGAUGACAUCCAAGUAAUGAUAUGAAUGGUGUUAGUUGUAUUCAUCUUCAUUGUUUUCUACCACUGUCAUCUGCACAUAAUGUGAACAAAAGAGCUCAAAACAACUGCUCCAUCUGGUGAUCUUAAAAUUUGCAGCAUGGCCAAGUGAUGAAUGGAUUGAGUGAAAACUGCUUUCUUGUGAUUACGUGUGAUUGAAAGUUUGGGCUAUGCUUGGUGCAGUCAUGACAUUUUUUACUUUGUCUGCUGAUAUUUAUACAAAAUAAAUGUCACAUUUAACAUUUCCAUAUGUUGACUUGAACAGUCUGAGCUGGAAGCAGCUUUUAAAUUUUUACCCUGUGCUUUUAGAUCUUGGAUUUUUACAGAUCAUUUACUGAAAGUGUUGUGGUUAGCUCAAUCAUUUCCAAAUUUGACAUUAGAUUUGCAGGAAUUCACUUUAAAAAAAAAAAAAGGAUUACAAUUUUUCGAGUUCUGGAAUUUUUUUUUUCUUCCUGAUUGUUUUGGUUGUUUGAUUUUAAUUACGUUUAAUUUGAUCUGUACGAGGAUCUCAUGUGAUGUGAAUGUUAUGGUUUCUUGGUUUGUAUUAUCUUUUGUUUGAUUUGUUUCUUUUCAUAAUUAUAUUUUUUUUCUCUUAAUUAUGCCUCACAUUUUGCAUCAUAUUUUUUAAAAGUAUGUGCUCUUUUUGGUUAGGGCUUGGUGACCCCGAAGGGUUUGGUUGCACAUCUCUUCAAUGAAGGUGCACUUAUUGCCCUAGAUUGUGCUAAACAAUAAAAGCUUGGACACUAUCCAAUUACAUAAAUAUAUAUAUAUAUAUAUUAAGUUAAUGAAAGCAUUUUUUCCUUUAUUGUCCAUUGUAUGUUAUUUGGGACCAUUACACAAUAGCUAUAGAGAAUUUUCGAGCAGGGUUAGAUUUUAUUAUUUGACAGGUUGGCUCUAGUCAUCUGGCUCAAUUCUGCUUCCUAGCAUCUUUAUAGCAUUCUGUAAUGCCAGGAGAGAGCAUGUUCAGUCUUGAGGAUUUUAGUCUUAUUUUCCCAUGAUUACUAUUUGAACCCUUUGUGCUAUUUAUGAAGCUGUUUGAAUUCCAUUCCUGGCGAUGACAUUAAUACAUGUUAUUAUCUAAGGUCUUUAUAGAAGUAGAUUCUCUUCCAUUUCUUUCAGUCUUUUUUUUCCUACCGCCUUUAAACUACUACCUGGAUUCCUCUCACUGCACUCACUUCUAUAUAUAAUUUCUUUUUGUAUUGUUUGUAUUUUAAAACAACUUUGUAGAAGAACAAUAAAAAAUGUUAUUGCUCUA